AUGUAUUUUCUGUCAAAAAUCAUUGUUGGUUCUUCGUUUGAAGAGCUUCAGGAUAAUACAUGGACCUAUCAACUGAUCUAUUCCGCGCCGGGCAAGUUGACAAAUAUUGUUCCAACGCUGGAUGCUUCGCUCAUGGAUCGCGAGGCGUAUAUUAACGGUGACGACAAGGACAAAGAGAAAUGCUUUUACUUUCUUCAUGUUACCGAUAUCAUCUGCAAUCCAUGGAUGAUGGAAGGUCGUUCAUUUACUGAUGAGUAG